AUGGCCGCGAAGUCUGAUGGAGCGGCGGCCGCGGCCGGCCCGGGGCCGGAGGGGGCAGUCGGAGGAGCCCGGGGCAGUGCGGGCGGGCUCGGGGACGCCGUGGCAGCAGCCGGGGGCCCCGGAGUGACUGGGGCGGGAGGCUCGGGGCCGCGCUACGAGCUGCGGGACUGCUGCUGGGUGCUGUGCGCGCUGCUUGUGUUCUUCUCCGACGGCGCUACGGACCUGUGGCUGGCGGCCUCCUACUACCUGCAGGGUCAGCGGACCUACUUCGGUCUCACGUUGCUGUUUGUACUCCUGCCCUCGCUUGUAGUGCAGCUGCUCAGCUUCCGCUGGUUUGUCUACGACUACACGGAGCCCGCGGGUGCCCCGGGACCCGCCGUCAGCACCAAGGACAGUGGCGCCGGCGGACCCUCCAUCAGCACCAAGGACAGCGCCACCGCCUUCCGGACCAAAGAAGACAGCUCGGAGCUGGGUCCCCGGCGGGUGCCCUCCUCGGCCAGCGCCUACCGCCGCCGCUGCUGCCGCCUCUGCGUCUGGCUACUGCAGACCCUCGUCCACAUCCUGCAGCUCGGCCAGGUCUGGAGGUACCUGCGCACCAUGUACCUGGGGCUGCAGAGCCGCUGGCGCGGGGAGCGGCUCCGGCGCCACUUCUACUGGCGGAUGCUGUUCGAGAGCGCGGACGUGAGCAUGCUGCGCCUGCUGGAGACCUUCCUGCGCAGCGCGCCGCAGCUCGUGCUGCAGCUCAGCCUCCUGGUGCACCGAGGCGGCCGUCCAGACCUGCUGCCCGCCCUUUCCACCUCUGCCUCCCUCGUGUCCCUGGCCUGGACUCUGGCCUCCUAUCAGAAGGUGCUGCGGGACUCACGAGAUGACAAGCGGCCACUGUCCUACAAGGGUGCCGUGGCCCAGGUACUGUGGCACCUGUUCACCAUUGCAGCCCGCAGCCUGGCCUUCGCGCUCUUCGCCAGCGUCUACAAGCUUUACUUCGGCAUCUUCAUUGUGGCCCACUGGUGCAUCAUGACCUUCUGGGUCAUUCAGGGCGAGACGGACUUCUGCAUGUCCAAGUGGGAAGAGAUCAUCUACAACAUGGUAGUGGGCAUCAUCUACAUCUUCUGCUGGUUCAAUGUCAAGGAGGGCCGCAGCCGUCGCCGCAUGACCCUCUACUACUGCAUUGUUCUGCUGGAGAAUGCAGCGCUCACUGGCUUCUGGUACUCAAGCCGCAACUUCUCCACUGACUUCCACUCGCUCAUCCUGGUCUGCGUGGUGGCCUCCAGCUUCGCACUGGGCAUAUUCUUCAUGUGUGUCUACUACUGCCUCCUGCACCCCAACGGGCCCAUGCUGGGUCCCCAGGCGCCUGGCUGCAUCUGCCCUGAGGCCCCAGAGCCCUGUGGCCCACCAGCCGAUGCUGUCACAAGUCCCCCAAGGUCCCUGCCCAGGACUACAGGAGCUGAGCGGGAUGGGGCCUCAGUGGGGGGCGAGCGUGCAGGGACCCCCACACCACCUGUCUUCCAGGUGCGGCCGGGCUUGCCUCCCACACCAGUGGCCCGCACCUUGCGGACAGAGGGGCCUGUCAUUCGGAUUGACCUGCCUCGAAAGAAGUACCCCGCAUGGGAUGCUCAUUUUAUUGACCGAAGGCUCCGGAAGACCAUUCUGGCGCUGGAGUACUCCUCGCCUGUCACGCCCCGGUUGCAGUACCGGAGCGUGGGGACCUCCCAGGAGCUGCUGGAGUAUGAGACCACAGUGUAG